CAGGUAAGAAGACUAGAGGUUUUCUCUCCUAGAAAAGAAACUUCACCAAGGAGUCUUGGCAUUCCUUUAUUCCAUGAAAGGGGUUAUAUAGAGAAGACUUUCUGUGAUCUGAAAGAAGAAUUUCAUAGAAUAUGCAUGCUAGCAAAAGCUCAAAAAGACCACUUAAGCAAACUUAAUGUACCAGCCACUGCAACUGAAACGCAAUGCUCUGUGCCUGUACAGUGUAUAGAUAAAACAGAUAAACAAGAAGCACUGUUUAAGCCUCAGGCUGAAGAUUAUAUAAAUAGAGGUGCACCAUGCAUCACAUCUGUCACACCAAGAGGGCUGGGCCGAGAUGAGGAAGACAACAACUCUUUUGAAUCACUUUCUAAAUUCAAUGUCAAGUUUCCACCUAUGGACAGUGACUCUACUUUCUUACACAGCACUCCAGAAAGACCCAAGAUCCUUGGUCCUGCCCCAUCUGAAGCAGCAUGCCAGGAUAAAUUUAAUAUGGAGCUCAGAGACAACCCGGGAAACUUUGCUAAAACAGAAGAAACUUUGUUUGAAAUUCAGGGAAUUGACCCCAUAGCUCCAGCUGUACAAAGUCUUAAGAUAACUGACAAAACAAAACCCUCCAAUCUUGUAAACACUUGUAUCAGGACAACUCUGGAUAGAGCUUCGUGUUUGCCGCCUGGAGACCAUAAUGCACUGUAUGUAAAUACAUUCCCACUUCAGGACCCAUCUGAUGCACCUUUUCCUUCACUCGAUUCCCCAGGAAAAGCUAUCCGAGGACCACAGCAGCCUGUUUGGAAACCCUUUCCUAAUCAAGACAGUGACUUAUCAUUGGUACUAAGUGGCACAGACUCCGAACUGCAUAUACCUCGAGUAUGUGAAUUCUGUCAAACAGUUUUCCCACCAUCCAUUAUAUCCAGGGGGGAUUUCCUCCGGCAUCUUAAUUCACACUUUAAUGGAGAGACUUAAGAUGCAUUUGAAAACAGUAAUGUGAUCAUCAAGUUCUAUGUGAUGAUUUUGGAUCUGUAAUGCCAUAAAUACUUGAUUGCAAAUUUAGUUUGGUAUCAUUUAUUGAAAAAUAGCUGUGUCACAGCUCUUAGGAUUUUUUUCUAAACUAUAUUGUAAUUUUCUUUCAUUGUCUUUUACAAGGUCAUUCUGUAAUGCAUUUUAUUCAUGUUGUACAGUGUUUACUAUAAUUUAUGUUUGUUUCAAAUAUCUAAGCUUAUUGCUUGGAUUUCUAGUUAGAUCUGUUGAAUUUGGUGAUAUCAAAUGUUUAUUGGGUUUAUCACUUAAAAAUUUAGAUUAUUUAUGCUAUAGGUAUGAUUCUUUUUAAAUAAGCCUAUAGUGGAGAGUAGCAGACAACAUAAAUGUCUAAUACCAAACCUAAGACAUUUGUCACCCAGUGAUAAAAUCACUGACAGGAUUAUUUAAACACUUUAGAUUGUUUUUAAAGUAAUACCCAUGGUUUUAAUUUUUACUAUGUAGAUAGCUACAGGAUGAAAUGAGUUAAAUAUUGAGAGGUACUUAUGUUGUGAUCAUUAAUUCGUUCUUUGUUCCUGAGUAAAAAAAGAAUAAAGGAAAUAAAUCACA